ACGAGCCAUGGAGGAAGAGUUGAAAUGUCCGGUGUGUGGCUCUUUCUACAAGGAGCCCAUCCUGCUGCCCUGCUCCCACAACGUGUGCCUGGCAUGCGCGUGGAACAUCACCGUACAGACCCCUGAAGGCGAGACCCCGGUGCAGAGAGCCUCGGGGAGCUCAGACUAUGACUACCUGGACAUGGACAAGAUGAGUCUAUACAGCGAGACGGACAGCGGCUACGGCUCCUACACUCCGUGCCAGCUCAAGUCCCCAAACGGAGUGAGGGUUUUCCCGCCCAACAUCCCUCGGCACUGCUCCCUGACCUGUCCUCUGUGCCACCGGAGCGUGAGCCUGGACGAGCGGGGGCUGAGGGGCUUCGCGAGGAACCGGCUGCUGGAGGCGAUCGUCGCGAAGUACCAGCAGACCCGAGGCAUCGCCGGUUCCGCCUCCUCCACGUCCGUCAAGUGCCAGCUGUGCGACCGCAACCCACUGGACGCGACGGUGAUGUGCGAGCAGUGCGACGUGUUCUACUGUAACGCGUGCCAACAGCGGUGCCACCCCUCCCGCGGACCUCUGGCAAAACACCGCCUCGUCCCGCCGCCGAAAAGAGCCGAGAACGCACGAGGACCGGCGACGGAAAACGCGGGCGGCAGCAGCGGCAGCGGUGGAGGAGCGGCGGGGAGCAGCGGCGCACCGAUGCCUCCAGUCACAGCCAGGAAACCGGCCACCUGCGCGGACCACGAAGCGCAAAACUUCAGCGCCUACUGCUGCACCUGCAAGAGCCCGACCUGCACCAAAUGUUUGGAGGAGGGGAAGCACAAUCAACACGACGUGAAGCCGCUGGCAGUGAUGUGGAAGCAACAUAAGUGCCAGCUCUCCCAGGCUCUGAACGGCGUUUCAGACAAGGCCAAAGACGCUAAAGAGUUCCUGGUCCAACUGAAAAACCUGCUUCAACAAAUACAGGAGAGUGGAGUGGAGUUUGAAGCCUGCGUUGUCGCCCAGUGCGAUUCUUUGAUCGAGGCAUUGACGAGACAAAAGGCCAAACUGCUCACCAAAGUCACCAAGGAGAAAGAAUACAAGCAAAAGGUGGUAAGAGACCAGAUCACUCACUGCACCAUGAAGCUGAGACAGACCACUGGGAUGAUGGAGUACUGCCUGGAGGUCCUGAAGGAGAAUGAUCCCAGUGGCUUCCUACAGAUCUCCGAUGCGUUGAUCAAGCGCGUGUCUUCAUCCCAGGACCAGUGGGUCAAAGGGGCCCUGGAGCCCAAAGUGGCCCCUGAGUUUGACCUCAGUCUCAACACGGACGCCCUGCUCCAGACCAUCCUGCAGCUGGACUUCUGCCAGGGCAAAGAUGUGUUGGAGGAGAGCCCAUUAUUGAAACAGUUGCAGGCAGCAGACAGUGGUGAGGCAGAGGAGAUGGAGGAGGCAGAGAGUCCAGAAGUGGAGACCGGGCCAUCGGUACCAGCAGCCCCUCUGCUGCAGCUGGAGAAGUGUUGCACCAGGAACAACAGCGCCACCCUGGCCUGGAGAGUCACUGCGCCCACUGGGAAUCCUAUCGAGGGUUACAUCCUGGAGCUGGAUGAUGGAAGUGGAGGACAGUACAGGGAGGUGUAUGUGGGGAAGGAGACCGUGUGCACAGUAGACGGACUGCACUUUAACAGCUCGUACAAUGCCAGAGUAAAAGCCUACAAUGCCAUCGGAGUGGGGCCCUACAGCAAGACCGUGGUGCUCAAGACUUCAGAUGUGGCCUGGUUCACCUUUGACCCCACCUCUGCUCACCGCGACAUCGUUCUGACCAAUGAAAACCAAACAGUGACCUGCAGCAGCUACGACGACCGCGUGGUGCUGGGGACUGCUGCUUUCUCCAAGGGCGUACACUACUGGGAGGUGACCAUCGAUCGCUAUGACAACCACCCCGAUCCUGCGUUUGGGGUGGCCAGGAUCAACACGAUGAAAGACAUGAUGUUAGGGAAAGAUGACAAGGCUUGGGCCAUGUAUGUGGACAACAACCGCUCCUGGUUCAUGCACAACAACUCACACACCAACAGGGCAGAGGGGGGCAUUAGUAAGGGUGCUACGGUCGGGGUGCUCUUGGAUCUGAUCAAACGCACACUGACCUUCUAUAUCAACAAAGAACAGCAUGGACCAAUCGCCUUCGAAAACCUUGACGGAGUAUUUGUGCCUGCUGUCAGCCUCAACAGAAAUGUACAGGUGACCUUACUGACGGGGCUCGAGCUGCCAAAGAAUUAUAAACAGUAAAAUGUCCUUUGGAAUACAAACUACACUGACUCCCGUAUAGCCACAGUCCCC